UCCCAACGGGUAAAGGAGGCAUGUCCAAAUAAAUGAGAAGCCACAGAAGUUUAAAGGGCAGCCGCAGGAGGAGUCGACUGGAAUUGGAUAGCYACAGCCAGCGGCAGCGCACAAAUCACAAUACAGUGACACACAAGGAGGAAGGGACAGACUAGAGAGUGAAAGUGAAACCAGGCAACCAACGUUAGUUGCGCGAUUUUCAAUUCUCCCUUUUCCCUUCUCUCCAACCUUGCGCGAUUCCCGAUUCCUGUUCAAAUUUCAAAGUAGGGUUACUUCACAUUCAUUCCUUCUGAUAUAUCCAUCACUCACCAAGAUGAUAGACUUCGCUCGCGUCCAAAAGGAGCUCCAGGAAUGCACUAAAGACAUCGAGGCCUCCGGUAUUCGAGUCACCCCCAAAGCUGAUAAUCUUGCCCAUUUGCUCGGCACCAUUCCCGGCCCUAUCGCUACUCCUUAUGAAGGUGGCACCUUCCAAAUUGACAUCACAUUGCCAGAUGGGUAUCCAUUUGAGCCUCCCAAAAUGCAGUUUGCUACAAAAGUCUGGCACCCUAAUAUCAGUAGUCAAAGUGGUGCAAUAUGCCUUGACAUAUUGAAAGAUCAGUGGAGCCCAGCACUUACGUUGAAGACAGCCCUGCUUUCUGUGCAGGCAUUGCUUUCUGCUCCUCAACCUGAUGAUCCUCAAGAUGCUGUCGUGGCACAACAGUAUCUUAGAGACUACCAGACUUUCGCUGGCACAGCUCGGUAUUGGACAGAAACUUUUGCCAAAACGUCAUCUCUUGGGGUGGAAGAAAAGGUGCAGAAACUUGUCGAGAUGGGAUUUCCGGAGGCUCAAGUAAGGAGCAGUUUGGAAGCUGUGGGUGGGGAUGAAAAUUUGGCUCUGGAAAAGCUCUGUUCCGGCUAAUUUUUCACUUCUCUGCCACCAACAAAAUACGAGUACACUGAUCCAA